UCAUCAUCCUUCAGGCACAACCGGUUCCUACAUCUGAAUUACCUCGAAAUGUAGACCCCUCACCAUUAGUUCACUGCCUAUUGAGUUUGCCAAGAGCUGGACUACCCACAUACCCACGAGCACUAUGCCUGCCCCGCCCGAGGAUCUCCCUGUAACACAACGGCAUAGCAUCUACCCCGGUAUUGAGCCGGAGCUAUUUGUUGGUUCGCUCCAGGGAAAAGUCGUGUUCAUCACCGGCGCCUCUCGUGGUAUCGGCGAAGCAACCGCGAUAGCCUUUGCCAAAUCUGGUGCUGCUUUGUUCCUCGCUUCCCGCAAGCAGGAGACUCUCGAUAUCGUCAAAGCGGACAUUUUAGAUCUUGUUCCUGGAGUGAGAAUCGAGACACACGUCACAGAUGUCACCGAACAUGAGAGCGUCAAGGAGGCCGUACAGGCGUGUGUCAGGGAGUUUGGGAAAAUUGAUGUAGUAAUAAGCAACUCGGGGGCGAGCGAAGACUUUGCCCAAACUAUUGCGCAGCAAGAUCCUGAGGUUUGGUGGUGGACUUGGGAGGUGAACGUUAAAGGAUCGUUCAAUGUCGCCCAUUAUACACUCUCGGAACUUACCAAGACACGAGGAUACUUUGUCUUUGUUUCCUCCAUUGGAGCACAGAUUCAAUUUCCCGGUGCAUCAUCUUAUCAAAGUAGUAAACAUGCCAUCAACCGGAUCGCCGAAUUCGCAGCCAUGGAGACCGCCACCGAUGAUGUAAAGGUGUUCGCUAUCCACCCUGGAGGUGUCAAGACCGAGCUGUCCAAGAGUGUUGGUGAAGUGUUGGAGAAGUUUCUCACAGAUGACAUCCAGUUACCCGCUUGGACGAUGGUUCGGCUCGUGCAAGGGAAAGAUGACUAUUUAUCGGGCCGAUAUGUCUCCGUCAAUUGGGACCUUGACGAGGUGCACGACCAGUGGAAGGACACUAUUAUCAACGAUGAUGCUCUGAAGAAUCGGUUGGCAUUACCCUCAGUUAUAUAUCAGGCAUGA